AUGGCUACAAAAAGGUUGAGAGAUAGUGCAAACUACAAUGAAAAUGUGAGAAAUUCCAUCUUAGAUAAAAGAGUAACAAGUUUGUUCAAGAAAGCAGAAGAGCUAUCUAUUGUGCUGUCAAAGUUGGUCACACAUGAAGACUAUCUUCAAAAGAAAGUUGAUAAGAAAGAAGAACAAAUUAGCAAAUUAGAGAAACUGAAUGAGGCAAAGGAAAUGGAAAUUCUCUUCAACCAACUAGUGGAGGGAAAAAGUAUUGAUGAACUUGAUGCUAGAGAAAUGAAAGGUUUGUUAAAGUUGUUUGCUCAAAAAGGGACUAUAGCUACAUUAGGGGAUGGGAGCAGUGUAGAGUCUGCACAAAAAGAAGGCAAUGGCGUCAAUGUUGAAGAUGAUGGACAUUUCAAGGACCUCGAUUGA